AUGCAUCUGCUUUAUGUGUUCCUUGCUUUACUCUCUCUCAGUGACGGUUUCGAUCCAAACUGUCCUGGCAGAUGCAGCUGCGAUUAUGUGCAGUCGGUGCAAUGCUACAGGCUAACGGAGGUGCCAUCGGCCAUUCCUCCCACCACCAAGAAGCUCUACAUCAGUCAUAGCAAAAUUCAACACCUUCAGCUAUCUAACUUGACCCGAAUGUUGGCUCUAGAAGAUUUUAUUCUUCUGGCCAGUGGAACAGAGUCAGUAGAAAAUGAUACCUUCAAAGCUCUGGGUACCUUGAAGACCUUGGAACUCUGGAAAAAUAAGCUCAGACGAGUCCCCAGUGCUCUCCCAGCCAGUCUUGAAGUGUUAAAACUAAAUGAUAAUUCCAUAUAUGUCCUGCACGGAUCUGAUUUUGAAGGACUGAAGAAAUUAAAAAUCCUUGAACUUAAAAACAAUCUGAUAUCUUCCCUGUCUGAUAUCUUCUCCUCCCUUGCCAGUCUGCAAAGUUUGAUGUUGGAUGGGAACAAUAUUGAGACGGUAGCCGGACCACUGGCUCUUCCCCAUCUGAAACAUAUGAGCAUGGAGAAUAAUAAACUGCAUCUUAUACCAGCUAUCUUCUUUACUUCUCUACAGUCUUUGCAGUUUCUCAGUUUCAGUGGUAACCUUCUGACGAGAAUUCCUAUUAACCUGCCCAAAUCCUUGGUCUCUUUAAAGAUGGAGAGAAACCAGCUCAAAGUGGUAAGGUUUCGAGAUAUGAAACACUUGGAGAACCUUUCCCAUCUUUACCUGUCAGAAAAUUCUCUCUCUUCCAUCGAAGGGGCACAGCUCCUUGCCAAUUUAACCACUCUUGAGCUGUCCCACAACCAGCUUCAAAUGCUGCCCCUCAGAUUUCCGGCAAGGCUACAGAAGCUUGAUAUUAGCAAUAAUCUCAUUCAGAGAGUUACAGUGCAAGACUUUCAGGACCUCCGAGACUUGAAACAUUUGUUUCUGGACAACAACAUUGUCAGCCUGUUCGAAGCAGGAGCCCUGCAGAGGUGUUCCCAGCUGUCUAAUCUGGCCCUGGAGCAGAAUUUGCUGUUAUCUAUACCUCUGAGGCUUCCCGGGACCUUAGCCAGGCUGGAUCUCAAAGGCAAUGCCAUCAGGGACAUUGCUGAGAGGGAGCUCAAGGAUCUGAAGCAGCUUCAGGUUCUAAACCUUAGGAACAAUAAGAUCUCGGCCUUAGACCUCAAAGCCCUGGAGGGGCUACCUCGCCUCAGGCACCUGUAUCUGGAUGGAAAUCCAUGGAAUUGCACUUGCAGUCUCCUCAGAGCGCGGGAGGUCCUGAAGGCCAAGGGGACAGAUGUGAGGGGAGGACAGUGUGCAGCACCAGCUGAAAGACAAGGGGAGAGCUGGAUGUCUUCCAAGAAGAUCAUGAGGCAAUGUGAGCAUCACUUACAUCUGACCGAGAAAAGCAAAGAGACCAAAAAGAAAUCAAAACCUGAAGAGCACUCCACCAUCAGAAUCAACGUGGAUGAUGAUUAUUAUGAUUAUGAAAUUGAUUAA